UUCUAGAGGAUGGGAGGGGGCUGAACUACUAAGCAGCCACAUUCUAGAGACAGCUGGUGACAGCUGGGCCCGGGAGGAAGAAGGCCAUGCUGAGGCAGGUGGUGGGCUGGGCAAGUCACCGGGCAAAAACACAGACCCUGCAGCCAGACAAGAAGGACCUCAGAUCUUGAUGCAGAGAUGUAGUUUGCCUAGAGUAGCUCCUGACCUGCUGCUCCCCUGCCCAUCAGCCAGCGGCUCAGACCUGGAGGCUUGGCUGAGCCUGUGGGAGGAGCUCUCUCCUACAGACUGGGCACAGGCCUAGGGUGUGGGUUCCAGUGCCUGGGAGGCCAGAACUAAGCUGAGGCCUGUGUUUUGUGUGUGUGUGGUUCUAGAUUUGGGAAGCAAAGAGUCCCUCCCGCCUCGACCUCCUGAAUCCCCUGGCAGCUUCCCAGUCAUGGCGGGUUCGGCUGCCAGAGCCAUUUUUAACUCCCAUUCCAGGCUGUGCUCACAGUAGAACUCCCUGGAGAGCCAGGGGGAGGGGCAGCCCGCUGCUGAGAGCAAAGGCCCUGGGUGCCUCACAGAGCUGAGUCCACAAUGCGCAGACAUGAGGAAAAGGAUGCCGAGUUGGACCGUAGGAUAGUUGCCCUGCGCAAGAAGAACCAGGCCUUACUGCGCAGGUACCAGGAGAUCGAGGAAGAUCGUCGCCAGGCAGAGCAGGGGGGCAUGGCUGUGACCACAGCAGGGCUCUUCCAACCCAACUGUCUCACAGUCACCAUCAGCCAGGUUCCUGGUGAGAAGAGGGUGGUCAGCAGAAGCUGGGCCAGGGUGCCCUCUCCACACGGGACAGAUGGUGACGGUGCUGCAGACUCGACGGGCACUUUCUGCAUGGGGGACAGGGUGGAACUAGCUGUGACCAUGGAAAACAAAGCCAGGGCCAAACGGAUCGUAAGUGAAAAACCCACCACCCAAGCAAGGAGCCCAAGGGCAAAGGGGACAUCUGGAGGAGACCGGGGCCAGAGUUUGCCCCUGCAGAUGACUUCCAGCACAGAUUCAGCAGGGAAGAAGGGUGUUCUGGACUCCCCGGGUCCAGGCGCAGCCCCAGGCCCACCUCCCCAGCAGUCCCUGGGACUACCUCCAGACGCCAGCUGGGACUACAGGCAGUGGAAACAGGAGAGAGAGCAGAUUGACUUGGCCCGCCUUGCCCGGCACAGAAAUGCACAGGGUGACUGGAGCCGCCUGUGGGACCUGGACAAAGCCAAGUCCAUGCCACAGGACUGCAACAAGCAGAGAGACAGGGACUCGACCACAGGCAGAAAGGGUCCUAGGACCCCCCAGAAGCUACAACCCCCACCGCUAUCCAUGGAUGGGAAAUGUCGGGGUGGACAAUCUGGAAGACCCUCGGUGGCAUCCACCGUAUGCAGCAAAGCCCAGGGGAAGGAGAGGCUGACUGGCAGGGCCCGGAGGUAUGACAUGAAAGAAGAUGAGACGCUGCAGAGCCAGGAGGGAAGCCAGAGCACCACGAAGACUUCCAGGGCAGAGCGGGAGUGUGUACAGAAGCAGAGUGAAAUGGAACCAGGCAGACAGGAGACCAAGCCUGCAACCAGUCCGGCUCCGGCCUCCCCAGAGGGGCUAAAAGGGGAGUCAGGAACCUCUACAGCCAGUGUAGCCCUAGACUUCCCACAAAAUUCUGACUUGACUCCCCUUGACCUCUCUUUAGGAGGAACUAGCAGUCCCAAGCCUGAAAAAAGCACCUGUGGACUCAGUCCAAAGUGUGGGGCUCCGCAAAUUUCAGUACCAUGGCCAGAUGGCUCUGAGCAGCAGGCCCUAGCAUGGAAUGACCACCAGUCUGGGCCGGAAGGCCACACUUGCAGUGAGUCACAGAGAGAAGCAGAGGCCUCGAAGCCCAAAGAAGACAGGGCUGGUAACGUUGGGGCCCAGCAGAACCUGGCACCGAGAAGCAGGGCCCCCAGAGGGAUUGGCCAAAGGGCAAGAGGCACAAGUAGGAGAUCCAGGGCGGGAGGCCCCGGCCCUGCAGGAAGAUGCUGAGCAAAGCUCAUGGGAGUUGGGGAGUCAGGCUAAGGAGGGGAGAACUCAGUCAAGGGUCUUCUGUGUGGCAGAAGUCUGGCUGCUGGUGGCUUGUAACUUUUUGGCCCAGCAGUGUGGCAAAAUUCCACAGGGACGCCAUGCGAGGGCCUCUUACGUACGUCUCUCUACAUAAGUGGGUCUUUGACCUGCAGGCAAGGCCCCUGGUGUAUUUGCCAGGCUUGGAUCUCUUGCCCAAGGAUGGCAUCCCUGGCUUGGGCCUACUGCUAUAUAGGAUAGGCCCUUCCCACAAAACAAGAGUUGGGAGUACCCCAGAAUGUGGGUCUUCCUGCUCCUUGUCCUUCCUUAUUGCCAGGUCUCACUCCCCAGUCACAGCCUUCAGGCUCCUCAGCUCUGGGCAGUCUCAAAGCUGGUGUGGCCAGCCCAGCCCCUCUCUGAUACCCUGCAUCCAAGUGAUUCUCAGUCCUGUUCUUCCAAGAUGGCCAAAUCCAGGUUUCAACAAUUGCCUGAGGCCCAGAGAAAGUGGGCCGGGGCUCACACAGACAGGAUCAAGGUUGGAGUGGAAGAGUAGGACCCAAGGCUUCUUGGGGAAAAGGAGGCAUCCGAGGGCCUCUUCUUUGAACUGGGCUUCUCUUUUGCGUGACCAUAGGAGAAUGGGAGAGCUUACUAGCAGGUACUGAACCUGCCUCUUCUAUAUUGAGAUCAGACCUCAUGGGUGCCCUGAAUGGACCCUGCAGCCCAGGGCCAUUUCCUGACCUCUCUCUCUUCUGCAUUUCCCCUCACCAGGGCCAUGCUAGAGUAAGCGCACGACGGAGAUGGAUGACUAGCAUCCUCAGCUAAGUACGACAUCAGGGUGUGUCGUUUUCACUUGUCUCCCUCCAGGCCCCUCCCAUGAGGCCCACGUCUGGUGAAUUAUCCAGACUCUGCACAAGCUGUGGCUUCCUUUCAAUACAACAAACAUUUCCUGAGCAUCUUCUCCCAGUAAUCUAGAUAGUGGGCGAGGGUGACUCUGCCAGCAGGAGGGAGGGAAGAAACUCAGGCAUCCAACUCAAGGCUGAAUGGCAAGUGCUGUUCUCAUCUGUAGAUGCCUGGCAGCCCUGGGGAUGAUGAGGGCAGGAACCGGAAGAGAUGCACCCCACCUUUGUUCCCCCUCUUUUGAUAUGGCCUGCACCAUUGCUCCCAGGCCCUGAUCUGGACGGCACCAUGCAGCCCCCUCUUCCUCUCUACAAGGGUAGGGGUCUCACAUAACCCUCUAAAACUCUAGGGAAAGCGCACAUCAUCUCCAUCUUUACACAAGAGGCCUGAAACUUGGGUUCCUGUCUUGGCCUCCCCUCCUGGCUCUGUUUCCAUCUAUUCCCUCUGCUCAGGCAGGCGAAUCUUCAAGCAGGUCAGGUUGGUUAGAGACUUCUCACACUUUCAUGUGACUCUGCAGUGCAGGUUGAACUCAGUGGGGCUGAGGAAGGUCUGGAAGUUUGCAUUUAUAGUAUGUCUCAGGUGAGAGAUGCAUGGCUGCUCUUUUUUUUUUUUUUUUUUUUUUGGGCCUGAAGAACCCUUUGAGGAGUCGAGUUCUGGAGCGGGGCUUGCGAAGCAUUCGGGUUGGAGCCGAGUUAAGAUUCUAAGGCAAGUUACCGGCUCUGCAGGAACUAGAGGAGUGCUGCUCCUGCCUAUGGAAGAGGCUCCCUGGCUUCAGAGGCUCCUGGGAAAGAGUUGUUGGGCAGUGGGGUCAACUCUACAGUGUAUUAAAAGGAAGCUGGCCAGGGAGGGAUGUGACAGGAUGAUGCGGGUGGGAGGGUCAGUGUGGUGGGUCAGCGGAAGUGUGGAGAGGCAUAAAAACAUUCCUGUACAUGUGAGACAUGCCUGGGCCAGAGUGCAGGAUCCAAACUCAAGUUUUCAUCCUGCCUUCCAGAAGUCUCAAGUCUCAAGGUCUUUAGAGUGUGACAUAGGCCCUGGAGCGCGUGACUCCUAAAAGAUAGGACUAGAAUAGAGCAGGUCCAGUCAGAGCUGUUGAGUUCAGAUACUGCAAAGAAAUGAUUGUGAUCAAGGAUGUGAAUUCUGGGCUAGUGGUGUAGGUUGGUAGAGUUCAUUCUCAGUAUACAUGAGCCCCUUGGUUCAAUCUCUAAGAUCCUCAAGGCAGAGAGAGAGAGAGAGAGACAGAGACAGAGACACAGAGAGAGACAGAAAGAGACAGAGAAGGGACGGAGAGAAAAGAUUCACAAUUGCCUCCCACUGGAUGCCACCAACUGUACAAUGUGCUUCAUCAAAAAACAUAGAGCAAGACAUGUUUGACCAUGGGUUGAGGAUGUAAAAAUUUGGCAGAGUUCUGGCUCAGCCCUUACAAAGAGACCUAUGCAGGAGAAAGAGCUGGCAAGGAGGACUGAGAGAGCAUGAGACUUUUCUUCCUGUGCAGCCAUCAUUAAGCAGACCAUUGGGGGAUGCAGCCCUAGGGGCUGGAGAGAACGGAAGCCAACACAGGAAGCCUGCAGGGCCAGCAAUGACACCAAGCUUUUCCUGGGAAAGGGGAGCACUUCUCCCAGACAAGAGUGACACCUCCCAGCUCUCUGUCCAGGGGUGGCCAUCUUGCUCUGUUACAGAGUCAGCUAUGGAGUCACUCCUCUAGUGUCUACAAAGAGCUGGUUGGAACUCUUCCUGGUCAUUUUGUGCAAAGGUCUGACCCAGAGCUUUCCCUUUGGAAGCCCUCUUCUUUCCAAUGACCAGACAAGACAGCUCUUUAAAAGCAGCAGUCUUCAUUAAAUACAGCUCUGGGGAACCAGAUGCAGGGCUGGAAGGAGCCGAGCAAAGCAGGAGGAUCCGGUAGGGAGAGGACAAGAAUCCUACUCAGAAGCCUUGAAACAAAGAGGGCGGAAGGAAAAUGGAGACCAUACUGUAAGAAAGGUUCCAGUUUUGAUUCCAGGCACCAUAGUAGAGUAGAACACACCUUGGAGUCUGAGAGACUAAAUAUGAGCCCUGGACCUCCCAUCCACCUUGGUCAACUUUAACUUCUAAAAGCCUCAGUUUCCUUAUCUGUAAAAUGGGGCGUGCAGCUCGACUUUGAAGGGGGUUGCUGAGAAAGCCAGAGUGUGCAAAAUAUACCUGCACUCAGCAGACUCUGGGAAGGGCAGUCUGGCGCAGAGAGGAUGCUGAAUAAAUGCAUUAGAUGUUUGA